AUGGCUCGCCCAGCAAAGGCUAAGGCUUCACCAAAGAAGAGCAAAUCAGCUUCACCUGUUAAAAAGCAAAAGCGCCCAAAGAAGAUAGUGAUCCUAAUCGCUACCCUCAAUCAUAUUUGUCAGAUUAAGGAUCCAAACGCACCCAAGCGUGGUAAAUCGGCAUAUAUAUUCUGGUUAUCUGACAAUCGUGCUCGUUUCACUAAACCUGGAGUGUCGGUUGUGGAAGUUACAAAGGCGGCUGCUGUUGAAUGGAAUGUUUUGAAAGAUAAGAGCAAGUGGGAAAAAAUGGCCGCUGAAGAUAAGAAACGCUAUGUGAAGGAAUUGGCAAGUUACAAGGCUGCAGCUGCAGCAGCUACAUCAAGUCCUAAGAAGGCCGGCAAAGGAAGGGGCAAGAAGUGA